AUGACGCGGCCCACUCGUAGCACAUCCAAGAAGUCACGGCCCCAGACGCCGCUGCUUUCUGCCGAAGAAGACCUAGACCUUUUCGCCGAAAAGGCAUCAAGCCAGCUUCAGAAUCUUGAGGAAUUGAGCCUCCACUUCGAGGACAUCGUCCGCCGACACAGCAAGACUCACUCGCGAGAACAUCUAAUCGCCCUUCUUCCCCUCCCGAUUCAAAAGGUCCUCGACGCUGCCGGCCCGCGACGUCACUCCAACAUUUCUUACUACAUCAAGUCGAUUUCGGUCACGUAG